AUGGCGUACAACGCUAUCGCUCAAGUCGACCACGAAGUGGCUUCUGUUUCUUCCGCUUCUGUAUCACGCAGCCCUUCGCCCGCUCACGGACAUGCAUUUGAACAGCUCCCGCUUGAUACCGAUCAUAUAGGGGGAGGAAGCCAUCUAGAAACCGCCAAAACCGAGGACAGCGUCAGUUUCGGCCAGUUAGGUUCGAUGAUCCGCUCCAUGACUUCUACUAGCUACGAUGUGGUGGAGGACGAUGAUUAUGACGCCGAUCACUCCCCCGAAGAGCGAUCCAAUAGCCUCCACAUCCCACCACUCAAUACGUCUAUCGCGCGAAAUUCUUCUCCCGAGACCCCCAUCCAUAGCGCAUGCAGCGAGGUGCCCGUACCUCUCAGCCACCCUACCCCGGAUUUGCAGUCGAUACAAGGAGCCUACAAAGGAAAUGUAACGCGGUUGGAAGAAAGCGCGGAGCAACUGAGCUCGUGCUCCGCGGACAUUGAGAGCGAGAUCCGUCGCAUUGACCAAGAGCAAAAGCGACGCUCGGUCAGCUCCGCGUCUAAUUCGAUCAUUCACCGGAAUGGCGCCUUCUCCCCAGCAGCGACAAUUUCCUCUGCCCAUGGAUCGAAUGUGUCACCGGCGCGUCAGCGCUCUGUAUCAGGGGCGCGUCUGGCCCAGCUCUCGGAGCCUGCACACGACGAACACGAGCAUGAAGUCGAUGAAUUUCCCGCGCUCCCUGAUCUACCAGCGCCACAGCCCCUUUUCAAUACCAACAGCGAUUACUAUUACGAUCAAUAUGUUCCGCAGGGAGUUCCCGUCGAGGCAGAGUUGGAGCGCAGGGCCUCGGUCGCAUCGAUCGAUACCUACCAGCAAGCGCGGACGCUGUUCACCGACUUUGAUGGCGUUCAUUUCGCACCCUUGGAACCAGGUCGCCAGGUUUCUUUGGAGCAGCCACCGCUCGCCCGCAAGCCGGAACAUUACAAACAACCGCAAGCAGGAGAGAAUAUGGUGUUUUAUCCUGCCCCUGUCCCACGCAUGUUGAAUCUGCCACCGAAAUUGUCGCGCAAGGCGAACAUUGAUCGGGAUAAGCGUCGUACACAACUUGCAGGCGCCAUCGCCGCCGAGGAUAGAAAGUCAACAGUUAUGCUACCUGGUGCCGACAAAAAGGACCCACGCGAUGGACAUAAUGAUAAACGCAAAUCGACAGUGCCACCACAUCUCCGUGCGAGUUUGUUUUUUGACCAGCCGAGUACAUCACUCCAGGUUGCGGUUAAACAUGACUCUGCGGUUGCUACCCUGGAGAGCAUUUUGGACGCCUCUGCGAAUGCGCCUGUUUCGGCUUUCACUGAUCACCCGUAUGCUGGUCAUGCCGGCGCGAUCAACUACAAUAAACCAAAACGAAAGACUCUGACAAAAGAUCCGACAGGAGAAAAGACAAAUCGUCUGUCGCGAGCCACGAUUGGCCAGCCUUAUAACGCUAAUACUUUAGACGAGCAUGGGGACCCUGUCACUUCGCGACAUGGAUCGGAAGCUGGGAAUGAAUCGGAUAGAGAUCAUGAUGAGCACAGCCGUGAGCGUAGGUCGGAAGGCACUGAUACCGAAAGUGAUGAACAAUCUGAACACGAAGACUCAGAGGACGAGGAAGAAGAGGUGUUGGAUUACGUUAGUCCACCGAACACGCUCAUCGCUGAAUUGGAGUUGCGGAAACAUGAGUUGAAACACCGGCGACGGACGGCUGUGCCUGUACCUUUCCAAGGUAUGCAGACCACUUUGUUAGAAAUGGACGAACGAGCCCAAAAGCAAAGUGAUAAACGCCGGCAGCGCCCUGUCACUUUAGCCUGGGAAGGGCGGGAUGAAGACGAUGACGUUCCCUUGGCUAUGUUGUACCCCGAAACAGCCAAUCCCGAAAAUGACAAUCGACCUUUGGGGUUGUUAGCGAAGCGGCAACAAGAAGAAAAUGAGCCUCUGAGCUCACGCCGUGCCAGGCUGCGGGGUGAACCAAUCCCGCAGGCGGAGCAACGUCCUGUUACAAUGUAUGCACCAGGGCCCCCGGCGCAUGUUCCUGAGCCCACUCCCCAGAGUGACGACGAGACAGAGAUCGAGACCCUCGCCGAGCGACUCCAACGGCUGAAGGGACAUAACCGCUCGGAGAGCAAGUUCGCCAGUGACUUGAUGGCUGAAAUCGACAGCCGGGCUGGAGUUGCGCCCAAAGAAGCCCAAGAAGUGCCCGCCCCCAAUGAGGAAGAGACACUCGCACAACGACGCAGUCGACUUCAAAAAGAGGCCGCUGCCCAACCUGCGCCCCCCAAGAACCCGCGCAUGCGUCGGAGUAUGGCCGCGCUUACACAGGGUCGUCCUCCCCAGCUUAAUCGCCAGUCGUCGUAUGAUGUUUUCAAUCAGCGGCCUGUCACCAUGUCCCAGUAUGGAAACCGCAUGUCCAUGCAACAUUUCCCCCACAGAUGGGAUACCCGAUGGCACAGCAGUAUGGGUAUCAUAUGA